AUGUCGACUUUCAGCUCACAGCCUGAUGUUCCUUCUGAUAGAUUCAUAUCGAGUAAUCCUCCAUCAUCCCUGAGAUUCCAAAGUAACAAUAUCCCCUCCAGUGAUGCUGGUAGAGGCCCUUUAGAUCCCAGUCAAACCACAAAUGCACAAGAUGAUGAUUCCAGACCAGUAGAAUCGCUUAGAAGAAGAAACAACGAAAUAAUUGAAAGAGUUCUUGAUGUCACUGGUGACAAAGUACGGGAAGCCUUUGAGCAUUUUCUCCAAGAAUUCACUGAAGAAUUAAGUAGCCACCCAGCCCAGGAUCAACAACAACAACUCUUCGAAGGCAGACCAUAUCUAGCCCAAUUGGAAGCCAUGAGAAUAUAUGAACUAAACACAAUCUAUAUCAACUAUAAGCACCUACUAACCAGAGAAAAUGGGGUUUUGGCUUCGGCAAUCACUGAGCAAUAUUAUAGAUUCUUACCAUUUUUGCAAAGCGGUUUGAAACGAGUCAUCAAAAAGUAUGUUCCAGAUUUAUUAAAAAGUGGGGCAAUUAACAACCCUAAUUCUAAUACUCAAGCUGAUACCCAAGCAUCAUCUAGCGGUGCAACCUCCACUUCGAGUGCUUUGGAAAGUAAUGAAAGAAUUUUCCAAAUCAGUAUCUUUAAUCUACCAACGGUUUACAGAAUUAGAGAUAUUAAGUCAGAUAAAAUUGGUUCGUUGAUCUCAAUUUCUGGUACGGUUACCAGAUCAUCGGAAGUUCGUCCCGAAUUGUUCAAAGCCUGUUUCACUUGUGAUUUGUGUCGAGCAGUUGUCGAAAACGUUGAACAAAUUUUCAAGUACACUGAGCCAAGUGCGUGUACCAACCCAAAUUGUGAAAACCAGUCAUACUGGUCGUUAAACGUUCAAAAAUCACACUUUGUUGAUUGGCAAAAAAUCAAAAUUCAAGAAAAUCCAAAUGAAAUCCCUACUGGUUCCAUGCCAAGAACUUUGGACGUUAUCUUAAGAAGUGAAAUGGUUGAAAGAGCUAAACCAGGUGACAAGGUCAAGUUAACUGGUAUGACUAUUGUUGUUCCAGAUGUGAGUCAGUUGGGUUUGCCAGGUAUCAAGCCGAUGUCUAAAAGAGAAUCGGGUCUGGGAAACGAUGCGUUGAAUUCUAGUGUCACUGGUUUAAAAACUUUAGGUGCUAGAGACUUGACUUACAAAAUUGCAUUUUUGGGUAGCCAUGUUACCUCUUUAUCUCUGAGUAAAGUUAAUGACGAUGAGAAUAACGAAAUGAAUUCACAUGCAAAUGGAUCUAAGAUUGACAAUGAAAAACAAGAACAAGAAGAUUACUUGAACAGUUUGACUCAAGAUGAACUUAGGGAACUUCAAAUCAUGGUCCGUGAUGAUCAUAUUUAUGAUAAUUUGGUCAAAUCGAUUGCCCCAGCAGUCUACGGUCACGAAACCGUUAAAAAAGGGGUGCUCUUACAAUUGCUUGGUGGUGUGCAUAAAACUACUGUCGAAGGUAUCAAUUUGAGAGGGGAUAUCAAUGUUUGUGUUGUUGGUGAUCCAUCUACAUCUAAGUCUCAGUUUUUAAAAUAUGUUUCAUCGUUUGCUCCAAGAGCCAUUUACACUUCGGGGAAGGCAUCUUCCGCAGCAGGUUUAACUGCUGCAGUUAUUAAGGAUGAAGAAACUGGGGAAUUUUCCAUUGAAGCUGGUGCAUUGAUGUUGGCGGAUAACGGUAUUUGUUGUAUCGAUGAAUUUGAUAAGAUGGAUGUUGGUGAUCAAGUUGCAAUUCACGAAGCAAUGGAACAACAAACCAUUUCCAUUGCAAAAGCGGGUAUCCAAGCCACUCUUAAUGCCAGAACUUCGAUUUUAGCUGCUGCUAAUCCAAUUGGCGGUAGAUAUAACCGUAAACAGUCUCUUCGUGCCAAUUUGAGUUUGUCAGCGCCAAUCAUGUCAAGAUUCGAUUUAUUCUUUGUGGUUUUGGACGAUUGUAAUGAAAAAAUUGACACUCAGCUAUCAAGCUUCAUUAUUGACUUACAUAAAGGUGGUGACUCUUUCAUUGACUCACCUUACUCCGCGACUCAAGUGGCCCGUUAUAUCAAAUAUGCUAAAACCUUCAAGCCUAAGAUGACCAAGAAGGCUAGACACUGUUUGGUGAAUUAUUACAAAGAUUUAAGAGCUGGCGAUGCCCAAGGGUUUGGAAGAUCAAGUUAUCGGAUCACGGUUCGUCAAUUGGAAUCAAUGAUUCGUUUGUCCGAAGCCAUUGCUAAGGCUAACACAUCCAACGUUAUUGAUGAGGCUGUGGUUACCGAAGCUUAUGAAUUGUUGAAAGAUUCCAUCAUUAAGGUUGAUAAAGACGAUGUGGAAAUUGAAGAAGAUUAUGAAAAUGGUGGAGAUGAACCAAUAAACCAAGUGCCUGAAUCAGAAGACCAAGAUCAAGAAAUGACCUCCAACAACCAACCAACUCAACAACCUGAAGUUCCUGAACACAAGCAAUCUAUUUCUUAUGAUAAAUAUGUGAAGAUGAUGAAUAUGAUUGUAAAGAAGGUUAAUGAUUCGGAAAAAUCUGUUGUUUCAUCAACUUCCGAGGAAUCAACGCCAUCUAUAGGCACUGGUGGUCUUACAGCCAAUCAAAUCAUUGAAUGGUAUUUAAGUGAAAUUGAAGAUGACCUUGAAAGUGAAAAACAAUACUUGCUUGAAGAAAAAUUAUGCAAGAAGGUUUUGAAGCGGUUGGUUAAGGAUAGAAUUCUUAUGGAAGUCAGAAAUACCAGUUCUGACGGAUUCCUGGCUGAAAAUGAUUCAACUGUAGCUUCUGAUGCUAGCAGAGCAGUUUACAUUCUCCAUCCAAAUUGUGCCAUUGCUGAUUUUUUCAGUGAGGAUUGA